UAUAUUGAAAUAAUUUUUCUUUUGAAUAAACAACUUUAAUAUGGCUGUUGGUAAAAAUAAGAGAUUGUCCAAAGGUAAGAAGGGUUUGAAGAAGAAGGUCGUCGACCCAUUCACCAGAAAAGAUUGGUUUGACAUCAAAGCUCCAUCCACUUUCGAAAACAGAAACGUUGGUAAGACUUUGAUCAACAAAUCUACCGGUUUGAAGAACGCCGCUGAUGGUUUGAAGGGUAGAGUUGUCGAAGUAUCUUUGGCUGACUUGCAAGGAUCUGAAGACCACUCUUACAGAAACAUCAAAUUGAGAGUUGACGAAGUCCAAGGUAAGAACUUGUUGACCAACUUCCACGGAUUGAACUUUACUUCCGAUAAAUUGAGAUCUUUGGUUAGAAAAUGGCAAUCUUUGGUUGAAGCUAACGUCACUGUCAAGACCGCUGAUGACUACGUCUUGAGAGUUUUCGCUAUUGCUUUCACCAAGAGACAACAAAACCAAAUUAAGAAGACUACUUACGCUCAAUCUUCUAAGUUGAGAGAAAUCAGAAAGAAGAUGAUGGAAAUCAUGCAAAGAGAAGUUUCCAACGUCACUUUGGCUCAGUUGACCUCUAAGUUGAUUCCAGAAGUUAUUGGCAGAGAAAUUGAAAAGUCUACCCAAACCAUCUAUCCUUUGCAAAAUGUUCACAUCAGAAAGGUCAAGUUGUUGAAGCAACCAAAAUUCGACUUGGGUGCUUUGUUGUCUUUACACGGUGAAGGUUCUGCUGAAGAAAAAGGUAAGAAGGCUAAGGGAUUCAAGGACGUUGUCUUGGAAUCUGUUUAAAUACUGUACUCUGCUUAUAUAAUUCAUAAAAUACAUAUUUAGUAAUAUAUUAGGUGAUUGUAUGUUUAUGAUUACCCUAAUGGAUCUUGGUAAUGGUAGAGCUUUAUAACAGUUAUCUAUUCCAUGCUAACAGCAUCCACGAUGUUGAAAAAUCUUCAUCGAGUAUUUUGUUGGACACGACCUUCCGUAACCAGAACAGUAAUAAAAAUGGGAAGUAGCUACAUUCUUUACCAGCAAUUAGUGUUUCUUGCUCAUGAAGUUCUGGAGCUCUUUAUUUCGUUACACAAUAUUCCAUUUUGCAACUAGUUGAUGAAUAUGAAUACUCUGGUGCAAAUAUUAAGUGUUACUAAUCAAACCUUCAAACUUUAGCGAAUUUUGCGGAUGCUGCAAGAUUCAACCAAUUUGAUCAAAAAAUGGUUAAUUCCAAUCUAAUUUUAGUUACAAAGUUUUAAUUGGUGUAUCAAACAUCCAUGCGGCUGGGCUAGAUAAGUAGGUAGAGUAAAUUGGAUGUCACCGCUGGUUAAAUAGAAUAUCGUUGACUGCUGCUUAUAGUGAUUUUGUAGUCCUGCUUUUCUCAAAUUCCAGGUUGAUCAAUGCGGCGAGGUA